GGAUGCACAGAAGAGGCGGUACGUGAAGAGGUGGAUGCAUGCUGUAAAUAUGUCCUGAACACUGGCAGACGGGAAGGAUCUAUACUGGACACCAAUAAGAGGCUGGUGACGUGUGGUAGCAGGAAACUGGAGUGUUUGGGACUAUAAUCGAUGAGACUUAGCUGUGGGCUGGAAGCAGAAGCAAGCAGGAGCCCUGAGAGGGAGACAAUAUCACAAUAGGAGCACUGAGGCUUUGAGAGAAGAAGACCCCUCCACUCUGUGGCUGCCUAUCUCCAUAGCCUGCUGCCUCUACAAACUCUCCUAUCCCUGCAUUAAGACAAUCUGAGAUUUGCUUUCUCAAUACCUCCCAUCUGUUCACAAGGAUUUCACGAAGAAGGACCUACCUAGCCAGACUUGUAGUGUUGGAAUAGUCAAUUUAGAGUAAAAGAUUAAUGACUCUACGACUAGAUAAAGCGGAGGAUGUUGUAGCCUGAAGACAUGAAUGUCCAGUUGGGUUUGGAGACCAGUGAAGACAUUUCCGGCUCAGGCCAAGAGCUUAUGCACAAUCAGAAUAGGACUUUACAUCCACCUGUUCCCAGAUCUUCGUUGGUUUCCAGUAUGACUUCUGUUCUGGAUGGAAGUGACUAUCACCGCUCAGAGCAUCAUCUGGCUACCUCCCUGCAUCCUGGACUGGGAUUUGGGGGCGAUUCACCCCCUGCAUCUGCUAAUAGUUACACCACCUUGACGCCACUCCAACCACUUCAUGACAAGUUCCACCAUCACCAGCACCAUCAAUGUGUUCCAGUUGGGAAUGUGAUUGGAAGUUUUACGCUCAUGAGGGAGGACAGAGGCCUUGGCCCACCUAGCAACUUUUAUAGUCACUAUCCCAAAGAUAUCAGCAUGGGACAGGGCCUUUCCUCCCUACCAAGUCCUAACCUGACAAGCAUGCACAGCUAUGGCCAUCCUUCUGGACAUUUGUCUAAUGAGAAGAUGGUAUCUGGCAAUGGUUUUGAUGCCCACCAUCAUAGCAUGUUUAGCAGAAUAGACCAGCACUUUUCCAGAGAGUUAUCCCCACCUCCAUCUUCUGGAGUGGGGUCACCCAACAAUAUGCACCAACAUCACUAUGUGCACCACAGAGCUGAGAUAAACUGCAGGCAAAACCCACCCAUGCCAACACAAAGCACUACUCUUUCCAGCCAGCUGGAAGAGAUUAAUACCAAAGAUGUUGCCCAAAGAAUCAUUGCAGAACUGAAAAGAUACAGCAUCCCUCAAGCGAUUUUUGCUGAGAGAGUCCUGUGUAGGUCACAGGGGACACUCUCAGACCUGCUAAGAAACCCCAAACCCUGGAGCAAGCUAAAAUCCGGAAGAGAGACCUUCAAGAGGAUGUGGCGGUGGCUUCAGGAGCCCGAAUUCCAGAGAAUGGCAGCUUUAAGGUUAGAAGCCUGCAAAAGGAAAGAGCAAGAGCAAACCAAAGCCGAAAGAAAUCACGUUCCUAAGAGGCACCGCCUGGUCUUCACCGACAUUCAGCGACGCACGCUACAUGCCAUUUUUCAUGAGAACCAGAGGCCCUCCAAAGAAUUGCAGAUCACCAUCGCCCAACAGCUUGGCCUUGAGCUGUCCACUGUCAGCAACUUCUUCAUGAAUGCUCGCAGGAGAAGCUUGGACAAGUGGAUGGAUGAGGGUCAUGGGCGCCCUCCAUCCUCUUCCAGUUCUUUAUCAGCCAAAGGCUCAGCCAUUGCUUGUACCAAAGCAUGAAAGAGAUGCCUAUAGCUCUAUCAACCAAAGAUAGUAUCAGCUCAGCCUUCAUUUUCAUCCCUUCAUCCCUUGGACACCAAGAACAUUGACCUUGAGGUGUCUUAGGACAAGGUGACUCAUCAUGAGGGGAAGACUGUUCCUGGCUUGAACGUCAUUCAUUGCAGUCAUUUGGCUGAUACAUACUUCAAUCAAAUUCUAUGGGUAUAGACUAGUCCUAGUCAUUAUUUAUUUUAUAUGACACUGUCUGCACACACACAGCGCACUACAAGUAAUACAGGUAUCACAUUUCUUUCAAUGACGGUUGGGUGGCAACAAGUCUUUUUGUUGGUUUGCAACCAACGAGGGUUGGCGUUUACAAGCUACUGCAUAGGCGUUUGUAGAAGGCUGCAAGAAUGUUGUUAGGACACCAGUUUGGCACUAGGCCUAGCUAUUUACAAGAAGUAACUAUCAUGUUUUCUAGCAAUGUUUUCUAGCAUGAAAUGUGGGAGUAGAUCAUCAAGAUGGUAUGCAGACUGGUUCUCAUCUGCUCCUUGCCCAACAUUUAAUGUCAAACUCUUACUGAGCUUUUAAUUUAAGACAAAACAUAUAAAAUAGCUACCUCUUAAUAGAGCUGACAGUGAUGGGCUGUUGAAAUGCUUCAUACUAAUCUCAUCUAACCUUAUAUAAGGCUCUACCUUGCAUUAAGUUUAGGGCGAGAUGGUUAGUCAAAUGGGAUUAGUGUGAUAUUUCAUCUUGGGGUUUGACAGCCUUUUUCUGGUAGUGCCUUGAAGAGGAAUAACCACACAGAGCAGCACGUGAUACCUCAUCCAAUAGGAUUCUGCCUACACUACUCUUGUAUUGGCCUCCCAUGGUCUAACUGAGCCGUAAGCCCUGCUUGAUACAACCCUCCUUAUUGUUUUUUGAGGGUGGGCUUGCAGACCCAUCACUGACCAUAAAAUAUGUUGACCUUCAACUUUUUGCAAACUAAAUACCCAAAAAGAUCGAGCCUCAUCUAACAAGUGUAUGCUAUUCUCAGACAUCAAGUUAGAGUGAGGUAUCAAAACUUGAAGUUGAAAAGAAGGUCUUCAAAUGCCAACUUUAGUUAGGUUUACAAUAACCUCUGUUGCAUUUUUUGUAUUAUUUCUUUUUGGAAUUCAUUCUCCUCUUUCUCCUUGUUGAAUGAAGAUCCCUUUAGUUGUUGUACCCGCCUUAUAACACUACAGCAUUCUUGAUCACUAAUUGUCUUCUCUUUUGGGUUCAUACUACAUAUGAAUAUUUACAAGGUACUGUCUUGGUCUUCAUUCAACCAUUCUAGAAAUACAUGUUUGGCCCAACUUUUCAGAAAGUUCCAAAACUGGGCUCCAAAACAAUAAACCUACAAUAUUGGAACUUUCUGUAAAGGACCAAAUAAAUAUUCCUUGAACCACCCAUGGUGGACUGUUUAUAGAAAAGGCCUAUGUAAGGAUAAAUAAUUCCUUAUCCUAACAGCAAGAGAUUCUAUUAUCUCAGUCACCAGCUUGUGUAGGGAUGACCCCAUCCACACUGGUAAAAAUUCAAAGCUUUGUGAUGCAACGUUGAAAAUGUGUUGACCUUUUCCCCUUUAGAAGCUAAGGGCUGCAGUCUGGAAGUACAGCCGGACCCUCCCCAGGCUCUUUUCAUUUUACUCCUGACCAGCUGACGGGGAAUUAGUGAGUUCAAUGGAACAGUGGGAGAUGAGAGGAGGUAGGGCUUGGAAGGUCAAGUCAGUCUCCAUCCAGUGAUCACAUCCUCUGAGGGAGAAUCACUAACCCUUUGGCUUCCAUAGUCACCUCCAAUGCAUUGUCUUGGCUAAUCCGUCAAUUCAACCAUGUGUUUAAUAAAUGGAAGCAAUUAUCAGGCACUAUCAGCGGUAGAUCGUCUACAGCAAAAUCUAUAGAUUCAAGUAAAUUACAUGGGGUGCAUGUUAGAAAAAUGGUGGUUUGACAGAGGCUGUGGUUACCGUCACAUGCAAUAGUGGCACAUUGAGUAGUUUAGUAGCAGUUACUGAUGAAUAGCAUUGUCGCAAUGUUUACUGACAACUAGCAAUGGUCAUGUUGAUGGUGUUACACUGCUAUGGACCUGCUAGAUAUUGCAGGCAGAUAUUUGACACUCUUAAAUCCUGGAGGUUUCAAUUGUGGGACUCAAAUAAAUAUCCAACUACCAAAACUAUAUGAAAUAUGACCUAAGGCGGAAAGAGUCUUUAUUUCUAAAAUGCCUUCUAAAGUCUACAUAAAAAGUAGCCACUGCUCACAUAAGAAAAACACAAGGAAGCCAUGUUAGGACUAAGGUUAACAUACUCCCCCCCUCCUACCUUACACAUCUGUACUGUCUGCCUGUCAUGAUAUCAUGGAUGGAAAUAUAACAGCAUAUUGAUUGCCAGUAUUGACCUGUUUUAUAUGAUGUUAUCAGGUUGUGGAGAUGGAAUGGCAGUCUGUGUACAGGAAAGUAAUGUUACACCAAAGUGGGAAUUUCCGAUUACCUUGUAAAUAGUCAAUAUGUAUGUUGACAAUGCAACCAUUCUAUUGGAACCUGCUUCAGAUCAUCUACUAAAACUAGGCUAAACAUUAUGAUGGUGAUGGUGUCCUCAAUAAAGCAAGACCAAAGUUCUGCAGCCCAAUACAGGAGACUUACGUGUUGUGUGGAUAGGCUUGUACGAUUGUAUUGUGAAGACGAUUGCAAGACCCCUCAGUGGCGUAUACUCCAUUAGGCUGUACUAUGCAGCAAAGGGUGAAGGACAAACCUCUACAAGGCCCCAAAAGACAUUAGGACCACUUGGUCCAGUUUCUGUAUCUCUCACCUCCAUUAAGAUUCUCACUCACAGUUUGCAUGAGACCAUUUGUAGAAGAAAGUACACAUUGCAAAGUGAUGGCCGACAAUGUACAGAGCUAUUUUUUUUUCUUUUUUUCCAUUGGCAUGGCUAAACUGGCAUAUCAAUAUAGUUCUACCUCAUUCUUGGGGGAUAUAAAAAAAUAGUCUUGACGGGUAUUUGUAAUAUAGCUAUAGGCCAACUGUGUGCUCCAGGCUGAAUGAUAUGUUAUCACUGAAAUAUGUAAGAAUUAAGCUUUCUAUAACAUGGUUUUCUCUGCAGCAGGGGCCUUCAUAGAGGAUUGGGAGGCCAUUCUGUUGAAUGAGAUAACCAGAGGACCUGUACUGGGACUAUCCUGAUAGAGAAGGGUAGCGUGGUCCAUAAGACAGGUCUACCCAUACGUAAAUAAGUUGGGCUUCCCCAUUCUUGUUCAAAGGCCCAUCAGCCUCAGGAGCCUCACUACGGCACCUUUGCUUAGCAGCCAUCUUAAAGUGAGGAUCUCUGUGGCACAAUGUUCAUGAUUCUUAUAAAACACUGGGUGGGUUUGGACUAUGAUGCAUCAUAUUUUUAUUCAUUGUAAUGUUCAGUGCUUCUAGGAAGCCAUCUUUUCAUGUUUCGAAGACCACCCAGUCAAAACGUCUGCCACACAAUGCACACAAAAUGACUGUUUUAAUGAUUCAAUAUGGUGAAAAUCCUCACUGAAUCACUCAUAAUCCUUUUUGUUCUAAAACUUAUACCAAAGAACCAAAUGUAUGCGCUUGACAAUUGUUUUGUAACCCACAUUAUUGCUGCCAUGGCUUUUGUGAGUUUGUAAUUAUUGUUUUUAUUUUUUGGUGCAAAAUUACAGGGUUGGGGGGCAUCAAGUGGAGUUGACAAAGGAUUGAGUGGUAAUAGUGAACAAUGGACUCGCAGUUUGUUUAAAAUCAAGCAAUGAAUUGUGGGUACCAGUAGAAUUAGUUAUUAGGCGACACUUUAAGAGACGAGGGCAAAAGAACAAAUGAAAAAUUGGAACAAUCAAGAUCACUGAGCGACAAUUCUUAAGGGGAGUUUUUUUGUAUUUCGAAACAGUAUUAACUUACAAAGUGUGCAAUCCUAUUGGAAAUUAACUGCAGAUGUUGCAAAGACGAAAAUGUUAAUAAUGUAUUUAUGUAUUUAUUUAUUUAUUUUCUCCACACAUUCAUGGUUUACAUGCUUAGCUAUCGGACGCGGUUACAUGUGAGACGCAACAUUUGUUAUUUCCUUUUCAAGGAACCCAUUUUUACACAUAUAUGUUACAGUUGACAAAAGCACAGGGUAAUGGGGCUGUAUGAAAUUUAAAAUGAUCUCGUUUUUCUUUUUUACAUAAUAAAAACAGUGCCACUCUUCUCUGUGGCUAUGUAUGGCUUUGAAGCUUGGCUGAAUUAUUUACAUAGAGCUUAGCUACAAUACCAGACAUGGGCAAAACUAGCACUAUUUCUGGAAAAUAAAAAAAACAUCUUUUUUUUUGUACUACAGUCCCUUUGAGAUGGUCCCAUGGGUUUUUGACCAUUGGCAUAGAAGCAAUGAUUAUUAGCAAACCUAAAGGGCAUCUGUCACAUUCAUAUUGAGACUUAGGGUACGUUCCCACACGGCGUAUUUUGCUGCGUAUUUGCUGCGUAUUUGGUGCUGCGUAUUUUCUACCCAUUGACUUCAACAGAGAAAAUAAAAUACGCAGCAGCAAAUACGCAGCAAAUACGCCGUGUGGGAAUGUACCCUAAAUGUUAUAAAUACCUCAUGUUAUAAAGCAAAAAGAGCUGAUCAGAUCGAUAUAUGGCUUUGUGGGGAAAGUUUCAGUAGAACUUGUAUUUUCAUCGAUUAAAAUCCCUGCUCUUUCUAUGAUAUGUCCAGUGGGCGGUCCGAAUUAGUGAUUCCCUGUAUCCCCACCCUCUGGACUCCUAAGCCCAGAAUGAUUAGAGAUUUCAAUAUAAUACAAGUUAUGGUGAAUAUUUUCGCACACACAUCUAUAUAUCAAUCUGUUUAGCUCUUUCUGCUCUAUAACACGAUGGCUACAGAUUGGGCUGUAUCCUCAGUCUCGCAGGUUCCCUUGAAAUUUUAUGCCAAGCUUAGUUUUGAUGUACCUUCUCUUUAAUAAUGUUUAUAGUUAAAUAAAACAUCUAUGGUCUAUCUAUGAAGGCCUAUCAGCUAUUAUAAUACCUACAGAGGCCUAUAGAAGUAACUGUUGCUCCUGCAGCUUUAGUCGGUGACCAAAGAUUAUAUUUUGAAGAUAAUAAGGCACAGAACAAGCUGUGGUCUAUGGAGGAGAUUUAUCAAAACCUGUCCAGAGGAACAGUUGCUGAGUUGCCCAUAGCAACCAAUCAGAUCGCUUCUUUCAUUUUUAAAAAGGCCUGUGAAAAAUUAAAGAAGCGAUCUGAUUGGUUGCUAUGGGCAACACAGCAACUUUUCCUCUGGACAUGUUUUGAUAAAUCUCCCCCUAUGUCUUUUGAAUUAGAAUUCUGGGAAAAUGGAAGGGAAAAUCCUCUUCUUAGCACCCUAUGUCCCAUAAGGCGUCCUCACCUAUAUUGUCCAAAAAUGAUCAUGUCUAAUCUUGUUAAUUUAUUUCCCGUUCAUCCAUGCGGUGUUCCAGCUGUGCAUUUUACUAUCUAUAUAAAUAUAUAUAUAUAUUACACAUAUAGAAGGGAGAGGAAACUUGAAUGUUUAAACUUUGUUAUUUGUGCUGAUUAACCAAAGUCUUUUUGCUUGUACACAUUUUAAAACACGUACAUUUUAUACCAAAGUUUUUUCUCUGAUACCUCAUUGUGUGAUUUGUCCGUGGUGAUGUUACGCAGAAAUUAAAUGUCCUUUCUUGAAAGAUUAAAGGCUCGUGAGUGUGUUUUAUGUUCCCCGUCUGGAAUAUUGCCCAUGUUAUCUUCAAUAGGGAGAAGUGUUGUCAUAUACUGGUGACGACAUACAAUGACACUGGACUUUGGUAGCCACAACUACUCUUCUGAUCAGGAUCCAAACAAA